AGCCAGGCGGAGUUGCUGGGGGUCACGUAGAACAUGGCGUGGAGGGGAUGUGUAUUAAAAUGGGCUAGAGAGGACAUAAUUAACUCUGCCACACGAAGUAACAGAUUCACCCUCUACACACAGCAGCGAUGUGGCUUCCGGAAAGCAACAAAGAAGGUGGAACCGAAGAAGGGCCUUGUGGAGGAGACAGGCCAGCCACACAUAGAGUUGGCUGAGAGAGAAUUGACUCACAGGAAGAGUGUACCCCCUACCCCAACUCCAACCCCACAAAUGCCCCCUCGGGCCUUUGGCCGUCUCGUCAAGCCAUUGGUGUUCACCAUAGGGUUUACAGGCUGCUCUUUCGGCUCUGCAGCCAUCUGGCAGUAUGAGUCCCUCAAGUCUCGCGUGCAGACCUACUUCGACGAGGUGCGUGCUGAUUGGCUGGAGAAGAUCCGGCCGCAGAAGCAGGGCGACUUUCGUAAACAGAUAAACCAAUGGUGGCAUGGCUUGAGUGAAGGCCAACGCACUGUCACGGGUAUAAUAGCAGCGAAUGUACUUGUGUUCUGCUGCUGGAGAGUGCCGGCCCUUCAGCGUUCCAUGUUGACCUACUUCACGUCCAACCCCGCCUCCAAGGCUGUGUGCCUUCCCAUGGUGCUGUCCACGUUCAGUCACUAUUCUCUGUUCCACUUGGCCGCCAACAUGUACGUCCUCUGGAGCUUCUCCUCCAGCAUCGUCUCCAUGCUGGGCAAGGAGCAGUUCAUGGCUGUCUACCUGUCUGCAGGGGCCAUCUCCACAUUUGGUAGUUAUUUAGCUAAGAUAGGCACUGGUCGCUUGGGCCCAUCUCUUGGAGCGUCUGGAGCGAUCAUGACCGUUCUGGCUGCCGUCUGCACCAAGAUGCCGGAGGCCAAACUGGCCAUCAUCUUCCUGCCCAUGUACACGUUCACUGCAGGCAAUGCAUUGAAAGCGAUCGUUGCCAUGGAUACAGCUGGCUUAGUGAUGGGAUGGAAGUUAUUCGACCACGCGGCACAUUUGGGCGGAGCCCUUUUUGGAAUCUGGUAUGUGUGGUAUGGCCAUGAGCUGAUUUGGAAGAACCGUGAGCCUCUGGUGAAGAUUUGGCAUGACAUCAGGACAGGGGGUCCAGGAGGAAGAGGAGGAACCGGGACAGCGUAGACCCCUGCCAUGCUGCUGGGCUUCCCAGACUUCCAUACGGACAUGCACAGUGUGGGGAGAUGAGGACAGGAAGAGAAACGCAACUCUGAGACCACCUCGUUUGUUUGUUUGUUUUUUUGUUUUUUGUUUGUUUUUAUCUCUACCCACACGUGUAAACAUGCUCCCACACUCACAAACAUGCCUUUGCGGAGGGCUACCACCCCCUGCUUACAUGUUUCAUGUUGCCCCCACUAAUACGGUAAAUGCAUUUAUUUUUUCUCUUCAUAAGUUAGCCCUCAAAACGAAGCCCCGUGUCUACAUACCCGAGCCAUCUGACACAUUCUCAGACGUAGUGCUACAGUAGAUGGCAUAUGCUGUGGCAUGGCUCUGCCUGGGGCCUUCAGUUUGUGUGAGAGAGGAACAGGUAGGGUGAGGGCCACUGGGUGACAUUGUAGUCUCAGCAGCACACACACUCCCUCCUUAAGGUGAAUCAGAGGCCAAAACUUUAAAAGAAAGCCCAACUGUCCCCCUCUCACUGUGCACUGAAGAGUGGAGUGAAGAGUAACUGGAAGCAGCGCUCUCUCUCUCUCUCUCUGUCUCUCUCUCUCUCUCUCUCUCUCUCUCUCUCUCUCUCUCUCUCUCUCUCUCUCUCUCUCUCUCUCUCUCUCUCAGCCCUCCCUUUCUCUCUCAGCCCUCCCUCUUUUGAGAUCAUGACUGUGGUUCCUCAGUGUUAGUUUGACAUUUAAAAGAAUGACCGUGCCCUCGCAUCGACCUCCUGUGGUGGAAACACAGAUGGACUAAACGUAUACAUGUACAGGAAUGCAGAGGUUUUGUAGUUUGUGUCUACGCAAAUCUUUUUUUUUUUUUUCUUUUGAACUAAUAAAUAUUUAAAGUACACAGUUGAAUGCUUUGGAUCAGAAUUUUCUCUUAGCACUCUUACCAACACAUGCACAUUAUUAAUAUGAAAGAGCUAUUUGUUUUUGACGUUUUAUUUUAAAUGAGUUACACCUGUGAUGCAUGUGUUGGUGUGGUGUCAAUUUAACAGUUUGGUGUUUGUACAAUCCCAUUGGGACGUUGUAUAAAGUGUGAAUAACAGCAGAAUGCUAUCAUCUAUAAGCCUCAUCAACCCCUAUUCAGUUGCACAAAGAACAUGGACAAUAUCAAAUCUUGAAACUGAACAAUUUGUACAUUUCAUGAAAAUGAUAUGCUGGUUUAGAAGAGUCAGUCUCUCAGUUGUAAAGAUGUGGCAGAAUUGAUCACUCUGUGAAAAGCUGUGGGCAAAUAAUGCAACAAUUUAAGAACAAUGAAUGUAGGGAUUUCGGCAAACCUAAUCUUUGAUCCUUUUGAUCUGGCAGAAUCAGACUGCCCCUGCUCUGCCUGGUGCUUUGUCUGCUUGGUUUUUCUGGUCUGCUAGAGCCUCCCGCCAUGCCAGCCACCGGGCACAGCCACCCCGACCAACCCGGUCUGCCCAUUGGUGCAUGUGCCAUGUGCAUUCUGCACAUAUUACAACCGUAUAGCUUCAUAAAUGGAGAGUCCAGAUGCUGAAAUGGGCUGCCCGCAGUUAAGACCGGUCAUGCUGGGUGUGUUAAGGAAAAUGAAACAGGAUUACGAGCACCCCAAACUGAUCAGAUAUCCUAUCCUAUGAAAUCCUAUAUUGGGCAAGAACAGGCCAUUUAAUUAUCAAAAUUCCAGCAACUGGUCUCCUUAGUUCCCAAACAUUUACAAACUGUUGUUAAAAGAAGAGGCCGUGGUAAACAUGGCCCUGUUCCAACAUGUCCCAGCCGUUGCUGGAAUACAAUUAAAAAUCAACAUAUCAAUCAAACAAUAUUCUCUUUAAACAAUUGAUGUAUUGUCUUUACACUGUUUCCAAGUGUAUACUGUUUAUGCAACUGCAUUAUAGCAUUUAGAAUAAUAUAAUUCUGUUUUUAUUUACAUUACACACAGCAGUCCAACUUCUUGGGAAUUGGAGUUGUAGAUUAGCUGGUCUUCCUCACUGAUAGGCCUAUGGAAAUGGAGAACUGACAGCCAUUGCUUCCACCCAUGGCUUUUAGACUUUGAUCCCCUUUUAAGUAAAUCAUUGAUCAACCUGGUUAUCAAGCAAGUUCCUGGCAGUAAUCACAACAGUGACUCAGGAGGAGGCUUUGGCCUAGAUCAUAAAGCAGUUUUCAUUUGAAAUUUGAAAUGUUGGUCAACACACAAUAAUUAUGAAGCAAUACAUUAGAGGUGUGAGAAAUUUCAUUUGCUCAAGGUUUCUCU